GGCGCAGGCCGAGGGCGAGGCAGCCCUAGGGCGUCGCGGGGUGCCCUCGGCCUUGAGGCGAAUCGGACGCCCAAGGGAUUCAUGCAUCCCUGCUGCCAUGCAUUCUCGGUGCAUGGGCGGCCCUGCUAGUCGUCCAGCAGAAUCCUCAAGGCCUGCCAGGGAAAAGGGCAUCUUGUGGCUGAACAGCCUUCCUCAGCCUCUUAGAAGAAGUGUAGAAAUACCCUCAAUGGGAAUAACCCUUAGUGUGUUUCUCACAACUGCAAGGUGAGUUCACCCAACAAGCGGUCUGGAGUAAACAUGUCAGAAACGGCACUCAAGUUUGGCCCAGAGUGGGUACGAGCUCUCUCUCAUGGUGGUAGUGUAAACUCCCCACCCCCCAGUCCUGGCCUCAACAAGUAUAAGUUGGCAGAUCACCGGUAUGGCCGUGAAGAGAUGUUGGCAUUGUUCGACAAGCACCAGAGUCCGCCAGAUGGAAUACUAGCACUUGGGCCACUGUACCUCGAACAUCCUCAAGAUCCCCUGGCACUUAUACCCAUGAACGAAGAUGAACAGCGGAUGUGGCAGAGAGGAGUAAACAGUGAUGCUGUGUUACGGCAGACGGGAAGACCCCCAGUGAAUGGUGUUGGGCGUGGCAGGGGUGGCAGUGUGGACCGUGGGCGAGGCCGGGGACGAGGCACUGGCUCGUACUACAGUCGAGGCCUGAGCUAUGAUGAAGAGGCAGAACCACGGGGACCGAGGGAAGGCGGAACAAUGACACUCGGAAUGGGGAUAAGGAGCAAACCGUUUGAGCGGUCCCAAAGUGUGCAUGAACAGCGUGCAUGGAGUGAGCGAGGCACAUCAGGUCCAGUUGGGACGGUGGGUGGCACUAGUGGCACUGAAGAUCGCAAUGGAGCCAUUUCACCACGCAAGGAGCAGGGAAGGGCCUCGACUGAGAACUGGAGGUCCCGGGGAAGCGAAAAUGAUGAGACUGAGCGAUGGAGGGGUGUUGGCAGUGGUCGCAGUGAAAAAUGGGGUGCACGAUGUGGUUGGAGAGAGAGAGAGAAUGGCCUAGAUGGAGACUGGGAUGAUGGUUCUGGACGAGGGACUGGCAGGGGUGUCCCAGUCACCUCACGUAGUACGCGGCAACCUUGGGAUGACAAAGAUGGACACCACAGGAAAUCAUGGGAGGAAGAUAACUUACCAGAGUGGGCAACUGAGAAUGCAGAUGAGAAGGGUGGAAGCUUUGAUGCCUCAGGUGCUUUCCAUGGCCCAGGUUGGUCAGAUGAGGAAGAGCCAUCUGCUGAGAACCGAGGUGGUGGACGGCCAAGGCACAAGUCCACAAGUCCAGACAAAACAGUUAGAGGGAGGGUCACUGUACUUCCAAAGCCAGAAAUGGGCAAGAAAAAGAAUGAAACAGAGCAAGAGGAGAGGAGUAAAAACAGUGGGUCACCCUCCGAGCCUGGUCAGGAAAAAUCACUCCCAAAUGCAGUAGGAGCCAGCCAUGAAAGUGGGAGUUCAAGAGAUCUUGCAGAAUCACAGAGAAUGAUGAGAGAAGAUGACUCUCUGAAAGAGGAAAUGGCAGUCACAAAUUCUGUGGACACAGUCUCAAGUAGUCAUGCUUCGUCCCCUCUCAUUAAUGGUAUAUCUGGUGAUGAGGACAGUAGCAGAGAGAUGAAUCCAGCAGAAGGAAAUGAUGGAAGUGGUACAGUACCUGGCCACCAGACCAAUUCUCCUGUUGAGCCCUUGCCUGAAGAACAGAGACAGGGAGAGGAAGAGAAAUUAGAACACAUGCGAAGUGUUGCUGAUGAUCUGGUGGCCAAGCUGGUUGAGGAGGAUGACAUGAGACCUCAGGCAGGGGGGCCUAGCCAGGGUGUGGCAGCAUCUGGCCCCAUGGGUGCAAUUGUGGAGUCAGGGAGCCAUGCUUCUCAAAUACCCGGCGAAGACAAGUGGUACUACACAGAUCCUCAGGGUGAGGUUCAGGGGCCGUUUAGCUGCAGUGAUAUGGCUGAGUGGUAUAAGGCUGGCUACUUCACCUCAAACUUGCUGCUCAAGCGCGAGUGUGAUGACCAGUUUGCUCAGCUUGGGGAGUUGACGAGAGUGUUUGCUCGAGUACCUUUCUUGCCUGGACCACCCGUACCCCCCUUAAAGUUAGCAGAGUUGCUAGCAGCCCAGAAGCAGCAGGCUGAGAGGGAGAGAAUUGAGUUGUUGCAGAAUUAUAUGCUUCAACAACAAGUUUACCAGCACCAAAUGGCUAUUAGCCGUCAGCAGGUUCUGCAGAAGCUUCAGAGCAUGGAUGAGUGGAGCAGCCUCAACCAACUACAGCAGCAGCAGCUCUUCAUGCAGCACAUGAUGAAUGUGCUGCCGGCCCACCCCCCUGUGCCCCCCACAGUACCCCCCUCUACCACACCUCCGGCAGCGAUACCCACCACAACUCAGGUGUCAGCGGCCGGGCCUGAUCCCAGAGUCAUGCCUGGGCAUGUGCCUCCUCCUGUCUCCAAACCUCAGGACCCCAUACAAGCUUUGGUUGCACAAAUGCAAACAUCUUCGGCUGCAAGCAGCACAGCCAUGACAUCUUCAGAGGGAUUACCAACAUCACAGCUGACAGCAACAUCAAUGGCAGCAGAAAAUCCUCUCCAGAAGUUGUUAAUGCAACUGCAGCGUGGCCAACAAACGAACAUGACAUCAGUUGUGCCUCCAAGUGGGCCACUAGGGGUGUCUGUCUCUGGAGGUGCUGUGCCAGGAAUGCCUGCUGCAGGAAUCCCUCUAGACAAGCCCCCAGAGCAGCAGUUUGAUGCUAUCCAGUCCUUGAUGCAGCAGCUGACCAAGAUGCAACCUCCCACACCAGAGCAG